CCCCAAUCUUGGCCAUGAUCGUUAACACUACCUACUGAGCACCACCACUUAGCAUCCUUAUCUUUCCUUCUUGCUCGUUAUUGUCUUUGGGUGUCUACUGUAUGGUCUUUUAAUCUGUCGUGCUUAUUCUCUGUCUUCAUUUUCUUCUACCUUAUACCCGAUUAUCUCGCGAUUCUCACCGUGUAGUCUACGCCUUAAGCAUCUGCGAGACGUGAGCGUUUGUACAUGCGCUGCCGCAUUAGGUUUGUCGCGUGUUAUCAAGCUGAGGCCCCCGAGUUUUCCAAUACGUCGCAAAGAAGUCUCGGCCAGUCAGCAUCAUACCAGUUACCAGCGUCCUUUUCACCAGACAUGCUCUCGUCCAGCUGCCACGUGGACUGAUUACUGGUUGUCAAGGCUGGAACAAGUCUCGCAAUUUGUUCGCGCCCGUGCAGACAGCUUACCUGCACUUCUCGUGUUGAUGGCCAAUCGGCGACUCGAUCGUCAGGCUUUGUCGCGAUCAGUCUAUUUGACUUGGGCAAGCGAACCGGCCAGCAAGGGCGAUAGCGAAAUAGGCGACAUCUAUACCACAUCGAAAAAUUAGUAAGACCAGUGAAGCGUCAACAAUCAACAUGGCGAGCGGCUCGAGUCCUCCCAAAUUGUCCUUCAUUCCACCUAUCGAAAUUCCCAACCAGGGUCCCGAUAUGAUGCCACGACCACGAGCAGCGUCAGCUCCGAAACCAAAAUCAGUUGUCGACCCUGUUCUUCGCAACGCUUUGAGAUACACCAUCUCGGCGCGCGAAUACGAGACACUUCACAAAUAUGUCAUAUCGCGCUCCCGGGCCCUUCGAAAGCGCGCCCCGACCGUAGGAACAGUCGAGAAGUAUAUAAAUGGUGAAAGCGGUAGAAGAGACUCCGUUGGUCGAGACGGUGCCAAGGGAAAAGGUAAAGAGAAGGCGACACCAAGAGGGGGCGGAGAUAAUUACAAUGCCCGUGCCAUUCGACACGCCCUGCGCGUCUUCGUCGCCACCGGCAUAGGAGCCAAGGCCUACGAGAUGCUUCUUACACGCAUCAAGGGGCAGAAAGAACCCAGUCCUUCACAGAAGAAGCAGCCUUUUUACAAGUCUUCGCCCUUACGAUUAUCGCUCUCCUUAUCCACCAUCCUCCUGCUCUACCGACUACUUUUCAGGUUCUUCACCCGCCUGAGAGCCCAACUGCUAGACCCUACGGCUGCCCCAUUCCGUGAACGCAACCCGGGAACCGCUAACACACUCACAUCUCCCUAUGCGCCGGCGAUAGGGGCCAGUCUCGCUGGCUUGGCCUUGGGUAUUUAUCCCGCCCAACAACUCCGCGUCACAAUCAUGAUUUCCGUCAUGUUUCGCGCCCUCGAAUUCGGUUGGAACCUACUCGAGGAUGAGGGCUCUAUUUGGGGGUUUCGGCCUCGGGCCGGGGGGAACGGCGUUUUGAAAAGAGAGCGCCCAUGGUGGUUUGGAAGUUGGAUGCUUCAGCCCUUGGCUAUGGGACAGUUGCUCCAUGCCACCGUAUUUGACCGCGAAAGCUCUCCCGUCGGUUUCCUCGAUCUCAUCUUCAAGCACACAACUACAUACCUUCACGGCGCCCCGGAAAAUCUACCUCCUGGUGUAAAGUGGCCUAGUCCCUGGGACGUUGUGGACAAUCUUGCGCAAAUGGCCAAACUCAAUUGGCCGCCAUUCAUCUCUCCAACACUUUUUCCCGACGAGCCUACUUUGCCCGCGACAUUAACAACGCUAGCUCCGCUCACCUCUCAAGCUUAUCCCAUCAUCACAUCGCUGAGUUGCGCCAGUUUGCAUCCUGGAGACCCUUCUUGUCUACGGACAUAUCUCACAUUCUGGGUUCGCUCGUUCCCGCGGUUAGGGCGUUUCUUUAUAAUAUUCUAUUCGAUGCUUAUGCUCCCGCGAUACAAGUUAUUAUAUAACGCGCCCUUACACCUGUUAAACCGUUUAUUAUCACGAGCAUUACGCCUUACGACAUUUGCUACGGGGGCUAUGUCUACCGCGUGGGCGAGUAUCUGCUUCUUCCAGACUUGGCUACCUCGGACAUUCCUCCCCACGCAGAGGUUCUUCCUAGGUGGAUUUCUCGCAGGUCUUUGGGCCUUCGUGGAGCGUCGCGAGGGCCGGAGCAUAUUCCUCUACACCGCACGUACCAGCGUCGACUCUCUGUGGAAAGUCGGCGUCAAGCGAAGAUGGUGGCGUGCUAUGCGAGGAGGCGAUGUUUGGUUGUUCGCACUUGCACUUGCUAUUACAGGAGCCGUGCACGAGAGAGACGCAAGGGCCAUUCGUGAGGCGAACGUUCGAAAGGGCAUCAGUUGGAUGAGGGGCUCUGGAUUCAGGGACUGGGGACUCGAGGAAGAGGAUGAGCUCGAGCAGAUGGGCAGUAAGGAGGAGUAAAGUUAGAAAAAUACCUUCUCAUUACUCAUUGGACUGUGGGUCUUUGCGGCUGACAUCAGACCAUAAUUGCCACGAUUGUCUCAUGAGUUCAUGAAUGAUCAGGCAAACACGAAGACAUGAAGCUUAGUGUAGAUGCACUGAUGUAUCAUGAAAUAUGAGGAGGCCACUGCCUCACUCGUAUAAUAUAAUCUCAUACGAGCCAAUCGCUGUUUUGUAUGAUUGUUAGGCAUGAUAUUGGCAGAAAUGAGGAAGAUAAUAAAAGUAAAAUAUCUGACGCCAGCAACUACUUAGCUAUGGAGUCUCUAGGUAGUCUCCUGACUGGUUAGGGGGCAAGCUAGAGGAGACGUCCCAUGCAACUUAUAAUAGUUACCUAGCUCUGGCAGCAUUGGCCAACCGAAAUAUGAAGUAAUGCC